GGCGCCGUUGUUUCAUUUGCGCCAUUUUGUCCGCUCACUUUGUUGAUUGGGCUUUAGCGAGCUGUACUAGAGCCAAUCAGAGGGAAACCGGACAGCGAAGAUACGAGAGGGUUGUGACAAUAACAAGCUAUGGAGCAGUACACCACUGCCACCACCACCACCGGGGAGCAGAUAGUUGUGCAGACUGCCAAUGGACAGAUUCAACAGCAGACACAGGGCACAGUGACGGCUGUGCAGCUGCAAACUGAAGCGCCAGUGGUGACGGCCUCAGGCCAGCAGGUGCAGACACUCCAGGUCCAGGGACAGCCUCUGAUGGUCCAGGUGAGCGGUGGGCAGCUCAUCACAUCAUCAGGGCAACCCAUAAUGGUGCAGGCAAUGUCGGGGGGUCAGGGUCAAACCAUAAUGCAGGUCCCUGUAUCUGGAGCCCAAGGACUACAGCAGAUCCAGCUGGUGCAGCCAGGUCAGAUACAGCUGCAGGGCGGGCAGACUCUCCAGCUCCAGGGCCAGCAGGGUCAGCCCCAGCAGAUCAUCAUCCAGCAGCCCCAGACAGCCAUCACCGCUGGACAGAACCAGGGGCAACAGAUCAGCGUGCAGGGCCAACAGGUGGCACAGACGGCUGACGGACAGACCAUCGUGUACCAGCCUGUUAAUGCAGAUGGCACUGUCCUGCAGCAGGGAAUGAUCACAAUUCCAGCUGCCAGCUUGGCAGGCGCCCAGAUAGUACAGGCAGGGGGUGCCAACACCAACACUACUAACAGCGGCCAAGGCACUGUGACCGUCACCCUGCCCGUCUCCGGUAACAUGGUCAAUGCAGGUGGAAUGGUCAUGGUAAGACCCUGUGCAGAGAUGGUGCCUGGAGGCGGUGCAGUUCCCACAAUGCAGCGUAUCCCACUGCCAGGGGCUGAGAUGCUGGAGGAGGAACCUCUGUACGUCAACGCCAAACAGUACCACCGCAUCCUGAAGCGCAGACAGGCCCGGGCCAAGCUGGAGGCUGAGGGCAAGAUCCCCAAGGAAAGGAGGCAGAAAUACCUACACGAGUCUCGCCAUCGUCACGCAAUGCAGCGUAAGCGAGGAGAUGGAGGACGUUUCUUUUCACCUAAAGACAAGGAGGAAAUGGCACUUGCACUGGCGCAGCAACAGCAGGAGGUCGCCCAGGCAGCAGCAGAUGACACGGUGGCUCAGAUGAUCCGAGUCUCAUAGCACUGUCACCAACAUCAUCACUUCUCUCUCUGAACUCAACCCUGCCUGAGACUCUUCACCCCAGCUAACUUGAUCUGCCAUACCUACUCCUCUCACUUAAACUCCCUCCUGCUUCAUUGUCAUAAACCAGAACAUAGCACCACCACCGGGUUUCUUCUAUUAUCUCUCCACUCCUACACUGGUCUUCCAGGGAGCUGACCAUGUGGCUGCAGAGCCUGUGGACUGUUCUGGUCUCCUUCUCUGAAAUCGAGGAUGCUUCCGCCCUCAGCUAAUCUGGUAGAGCCUUUUAAGACCAGCUUUUUAUCUUCAUAAGGAUCUGUUUGGACAAUAAUAAUGAGGCAUGAAGUUGUGGAUAACCAGGGGUAGUCACACAGAGCAAAUAACAGCUUUGAAGCCACGUCAGACCUUGGUCUGUUAAAAAGAUGAGAAUUUGUCACCAGUUGAUACUUGUUGCUUUAAAUAUUUUUUGUAAAUGGUACAGAUGUUGUUUUUUUCAGAGACACUCAUUAAGUAUUGGUGUCCCAAAUCUUAUAUGUGAUGCCCUGUAUUUUGAAAUUUCAUUUUUUCUACUCAUGUACUGUGGGGGUGGACUCGACAUCAUAAGUCCAACCUGUCCACUGAGAAAAAAACUGAAAUGUGAUAAUAAUGUGAAGAUAUUGUACAGAAUUUCUUUUCUUCCCCAGUGUGUAUUGGAUGUACUUACUAAUUUGCCCAAUUCUGUGGAUGCAUUUUAUAUAAUUUCGUGGCUAGAAAUAGUGUUUAUAGGAAAAAAAUGAGUGUUUCAGUGUUUCAUCACACAACACAUUCUAUUCAUGUAGUUAGUUCUUCAUCGCUCAGUCCACCAAAGUGUUUUUGGUUUUCAUUGUAGAUAAUAGGUUUUUUUUUUUACCCAUCAGAUGCAGUUCUGACAUGUUUUUUGGGGUUUUUUUAUAUAAUGGAAAAAAAGGUUUGGACAUUCAUGAAACCUAAGUCAAAUAAAUUUUAUGAAGUGAC